GAAACCAGUGAUGAAAAAAUGUUGUAUGCAUUUUGUUCCAAUUAUUUUCGUUGGUAGUACAUUUAAUACUUAAAAUAACAGCGAGAAGGAACUAUCCGUAGAACUGUGAGCUCUACCGGAACUUCAGAUUGUAACACCCGGCGGAAGAGCGGAAGUUUUGAACGAACGGAACACCUGAGCAGUGAUUCCUUUGAGGGCGGUUCUGUUGUUUACUUCCUUUUUUCUCUUCAACAAUGUCUAAAGUUAAUCAUCUGAGAGAGUUUAUCGGUCAGCGACUAACAGCAGCUGCUGUAGAAAUAUUCUCAGAGUUUGAAAAAACCAUCUUGGAGUAUGAAGAAGAGCUGGACCGUCAGCGCAGACUGUUGGACCUCGCCUGGAAACCUGAAAUCAGACUAAACAGAAUCGACCUCCCACAAGAAAAUGUUUGUAAGGUGGAGGAGUACGGGGUUUUCAGUGACCAGCACCUCGAUAACCUGGAGAGGAGCUGCAGCCCGGACCAGGAGGAACCAGGGAAUCCACAGACUAUAAAACUGGAGGAAGACUUCAGCGGUCAGGAGAUGAAGCAGGAGGACGUAGAGGUGGAUGUCUUAUUGGUCAAUCUCGCUGAUGGGAAAUUUGAAAAUGGUGAACCAGGACCAAACUGUGACCAGCUGCUGUUGCACACUUCUCCUGAAGCUCAAAACAAAGAUGAGGAAAGAACUGAAAGUUUACGCUCAGACUCCAGUAAAACUGCAGAUCUGGAGCCAAUGAGACGACACGGUGACCACGAAGACUCUGCUGUCCCGUCAGACAGCAACUGUAAAUCAAAACUGACCAGCACCCACACGGGGAAGAAGGCAUUUUCUUGCAGAACUUGCAACACCUGCAACAAAACCUUUAAUCAAUUAUCAGCUCUUAAACAGCACAUAACCACACACAUGGGCGAGAAGCCCUACAUCUGCAAAACAUGUGGAAAAAGUUACACGCAACGUUGGAACCUGGUGAUUCACUCGAGGACCCACACAGGCGAAAGGCCGUACCUGUGCAACACCUGUGGCAAAACCUUUAAUAAUUUAUCAGCUCUUAAACAGCACAAAAUCAUGCACACGGGCGAGAAGCCCUACAUCUGCAAAACAUGUGGAAAAAGUUACAGUCUACGUUGCAACCUGGUGAUUCACUCAAGGACCCACACCGGAGAAAGGCCGUACCUGUGCAACACCUGCAACAAAACCUUUAAUAAAUUAUCAGCUCUUAAACAGCACAAAACCACGCACACGGAAGAGAAGCCCUACGUCUGCAAAACAUGUGGAAAAAGUUACAAGCGAAGUUCCAUCCUUUGGGUUCACUCGAAGACCCACACCGGAGAAAGGCCGUACCAGUGCAACACCUGUGGCAAAACCUUUAUUCAAUCAUCACAUCUUAAAAGCCACAUAACCACGCAGACGUGCAGGCGGUAUUUGUGCAGGACGUGCAACAAAGGUUUUAGCCGCAGAAUUGAUUUACUGAGUCACAUGAAAAUUCACCCAUAGGAGAAGUCUGGUGAUUCGUGAUGAAUGAAGCUCAUGUUGUCCUCCGGGGGCAGCUGUCCACUCCUGUCUGACCCACAGAAGAAGAGACGAAGAAGUCCAACCACCACCUGCUGUGGCUGAUGAGCCUAAUCCCCUCCCCACAAGGGUUGCACGUUCAACCCGGAUUUAUGCUUCUCCAUCAACUUGACGCAGAGGGAACGAUGUGGUUGUGUAAUUUUAUUAUAGUUCUGCAUUGAGUUGUUUGAAUCCCUGCUCCUUUUUAUAAUCGCAUUAUUUGUUGUUGGUAACUUGCCGGCUC